GAUAGCCAGAGCUCUACAGAUGGAAGCACAGAUGGUGUGAAGGAUAACCAAGUUACUUUGCAUGAACAUCCACUAAUGGAGAUUUCACCCAGCUCAGACUCUUUAAUAGCUUAUGACAGGACCAUUGAUGAAAGUAUACCUAAUGUCGAACAAACUUCACCAAAGACUGUUACCGAGACGGAAUGUGUUACCAAGACAGAGAGUUUGCCCACAAGUCCGUCUUCAGCAGGCGAUGACAGGACCAUUGAUGAAAGUAUAUCCGAUGCUGAUCAAGCUUUACCACAGACUGUUAUCGAGAUGGAGUGUGUUACUGAGACAGAGAGUUUGCCCACUAGUCCUUCCUCAGCUGGGGAUCAGGCCCCAAGCACUGUUGUCAGGAAAAAGAGGUUAUACACUGGAAACAUUAUAUUAAAAAUUGAUAACGUUGGAACAAUAAACUUCGGGGAUAGUAUUGAGAAUGUGCAAGAUGUUAUAGAAGAACUAUCUAAAGGUCUUCAUAUACCAUUAUCAGCUGUGAUGAAAGUAGAUAGUUCUGAAGGUGGCCUUAGAGACAACGGUAAAGAUACAGAAAAGCCAGAUAAAGAGCUAGUUAAAGAAAACACAGGACCAGCAAAGAAAAGAGGCGCUGGAGAGGAAUUCGCAAAACCUUUUGAUAACUCUAUGACACAACUGGUAGUGAAUGGUUUCGCAGAGUACAUGAAAUCUGUUGGGGCCCUGAUUUUCAAUGGUGAAGUAAUAGGAACAGUAUUCAGAGCAGGAGAUGACUACGUCAUAACUGCAUUCCAUGUGAUAAGAUGGAUAAUUGAUCCCAAUAUGAAUGAAGAUUAUGAUUUCACUUGUCUUGAGGGAGAUAAUGUCUAUAUAAACUUCAAUACAACAGCAUGUUGGAUACCACGUUUUCAGUACAGAGUACGGCAUAAAAUUUCAACAAAUGAUCUAAGACUAGACUACACAAUUCUGCAAAUAACAAAUCCUGCUGGCUUGCCAAACAAACUAAAUCUAGAUAGACUUCAUUUUGAACGGCUGCGUGUGAAUGCUUUAUUAGGAAUAGGUUAUGGAAACCCAGCAAACAAUUCUACUAAAGUUUUAGAUCCAAAAUGUCUUAUCAUUCCAUCAGUUACUGAAAGAAUUACAGACUGUGAAAAUUGGCUGUAUGCUGAGGAUGGUAGAAAUUACAGACAUUAUCAGGCAGCUGUUCCUAAUCUUGAUAUUGUUAACAACAGCUACAGACAUAUUGAUAGAUUGCAAAAUAUCUUUUUAGAUAUUUCCAUGGAACACAGGGGUUCUGGAUCGCCUUUUCUUACCAGUGAUGGUAAAGUUGUUGGUAUUCUUACACAUGGGCAUCCAGAGUUCUACUUUCAUUUACCAGCAGUAAUGCAGCUUGGUUUUCCAAAAGAUAAAAGAUUUGAAACCUUGUUGAGAUUAGAAUACAUUUAUGAAAAUAUUGUUGCAAGAGACCCAGAUCUUGCCAAUAACUUAUUUUGAGUGGAGGCAGUUUAGGUUGGAUACAGUAGGUCAUAAAAUUGAUAUAACUUCUUUGAUUUUCUGUGCCACUUACUGGAGAAGGAGUUGGCCAAUUGCUUAUGAUCAGUAGAUAGUCUCUAUUGUUUUGAGGCCUGUACCGGUAGAUCAAAGUACAAGGCCGAUUGGUUAAGGUUUUCUAACUGAAUCACUUAUGCCUCACUGCUGUGAUUUGGAAGCCUUGCUUAGGUUUUAGAUUUUUUUCAUCUGAAGAAAUUAAAUGUAAGAAAAUCUUUCUGAAGCAUAGAAUGCAACCAAGUUAAAAAUCUUUGUAGACUCUGAUUGGGGCUGCUCAUGAGAGGUAAUGAAAUAUGCAUCAUCUCUCACAUCCCCUAGCACAGGCUUUAUACAUUUAAUUGAAUUGAUUUUAUGAUCUCAAGUGACAAGAAUAUAUUGUCCAAGUAUGAGGAGCCAUUGCCCAGAAGGUUGAUGGUUCUAUCCUGGUGAGCAACUAUCCAUACCUAAAGUGAUACCCGUAUGGCUAUCUGGAGUCGUUCUCCUCAAUAAAAAGCAAGAAAAAUGCUUUAUAACCUAAUAAAGUAGAUGUUUCUCAAAAUCCUAAUAAAAUCGCGGCCUAGCUGCUAAGUCUUGCCAUUUUCCACUUGCCCAUCAUCAGUGAUGGUUUGAAACCUUGCUUUGGGUGUAGAAUUCUUCAUGUGAGGAAGCCAUCCAAAGCUCUAAGGUUCUAAAUAGGUGACUGCCCAUACCUGAAAUAAUGCCCGGAGGCGUAGCUGGGGUCUUCCUCCACAGAAAAAUAAACAAAUCUUUUUAAAAAAAAGAUCAGGACUGCAAACUUGAUUGCCUGUAGUGCUUAGAUUAUUGAAGUCAAAGAUCAAGGUUGCGAACUUAAUCUUACAUCGCCAUUUCUGAAAGUGCAUGCGACUGUUACUUUCACAAUAUGGUCACUAUUUUAACUUAAGUGACGUCAAAGACUUUAAAUGCAACAUAAUUAUUAUGUGCCACAUGUUGCCGUUAACGACGAUAUAAAUUUUAAUCCUGUGAGAUGUAUAUCGGGUAAGUUACAUGAAUUUAAAAGGAAGCCACUUCUUUUUGUAAGAGGAAAACUGAGUGUGCACCGACUAGUACUGACUUAUGUCUCCCCCAUACAUACAUGGGGGAAACAUAUUGUUUUUACCUCUGCCGUCCGUCCGCUUUGAGCUUGUCCGGCUUUCACAGGUCAAACUGCUGGCUGGAUUUCGACGAAACUUCACAGGAGUAAUCAGUACCAAGCCUGGUUGUGCUUAUCGCCAGCAUGUUCCACUUCGCUGCACAAAAUGGCUGCCAGAGCUAAAAAUAGCAAAAUCUUGUCCGGCUUUCACAGGUCAAACUGCUGGUUGGAUUUCGAUGAAACUUCACAGGAGUGAUCAGUACCAAGCCUUGUUGUGCAUUUCGCUGGCACAUUUUGCUUCGCUGCAUAAAGUGGCCACCAUUGCUAAAAAUAGAAAGAUCUUGUCCGACUUCCACAGGUAAAACUGCUGGCUGGAUUUCGACGAAACAUCACAUAUUAAGUGAUCAGUACCAAGCCUGGUUGUGCAUAUCACCGACACGUUUCACUUUGCAGCACAAAAUAGCAGCCAGAACUAAAGAUAUAAAAAUCAUGUCCGGCUUUCACAGGUCAAACUGCUGGCUGGAUUUUGACAAAGCUUCACAGGAGUGAUCAGUACCAAGCCUAGUUGCUGACACAUUACACUUUGCUGCACAAAAUGGCCACCAGAGCUAAAGGUAUACAUAGGGGGGAGACAUAUGUUUUUGUGCCAAAAACACCUUCUAGUUUAAAAAAUACUCAAAUAAUAUGGCAGAUAUUUAUGACCCCCUUCGAAGAAGGAGGGGGGUAAAUUGUUUUGCAGAUGCCAGUCGGUCGCUUGGUCAGUCGGUCCAUAGACCAAUCGAUUUCCAGAUGGUAACUCAAGACUGCUUGGGCCUAGGAUCAUGAAAGUUGAUAGGCAGGUUUGUCAUGACCAGCAGAAGACCCCUAUUGAUUUUGAGGUCAGUAGGUAAAAGUCAAGGUCACAUUGACCCGGAACAGUUAAACCAUUUCCAGAUGAUAACUUGAGAACGCUUGGGCCUGGGAUCACGAAACUUAAUAGGGAGGUUGAUCAUGGCCAGCAAAUGACCCCUAUUUAUUUUGAGGUCAAUUGGUCUAAUGACACAUUUGAUACGAAGGCCACUUAUGACUGGUAAAUGACCCAUGACUAUUGAUUUGAGGUCAGUACAUCAAACGUCAAGUGCACAGUGACCAAAUAAUUGCUGUUCCUUGUGCAGUUACUGAAUACAUCAAGGGGGUCAUUUGGUGUUCUACGAGCACUUGUUAAUUUUUUUAAACUCUAUUGUCCUGUCGAGUAUACAUUGAAAUAACAUCAGUUAAAAUAAUGAUUUGAUGCAUCUCUUAUUUUCGAAAUAAUAAAAAAAGUUCAAGGUUUUCUGAGACAACCCUCAUUAUUAGCUCACCUGUCACGUAGUGACAGGGUGAGCUUUUGUGAUCAUCUGUCGUCCGUCCACAAUUUCGUGUCUGCAUGAUGAUUUUAUUUUAACCAAACAUGCACACAACUUGUAUCACCAUAAGAUCUUGGUUCCUUUCUUGAACUGGCCAGAUCCGGUUAUGGGUUCCAGAGUUAUGGCCCCUGAAAAGGCCAAAAUUAGCUAUUUUGACCUUGUCUGCACAAUAGCAGCUUCAUUUAUGAUUUGAUUUUAACCAGACUUGCAUAAAACUUGUGUCAUCGUAAGAUCUCGGUUCCUUUCUUGGACCAGCCAGAUCCCUUGAUGGGUUCCAGAGUUAUGGCCCCUGAAAGGGCCAGAAUUAGCUAUUUUGACCUUGUCUGCACAACAGCAGCUUCAUUUAUGAUUUUAUUUUAACCAAACUUGCACACAACUUGUAUCGCUACAAGAUCUUGGUUCCUUUCUUGAACUGGCCAGAUUCCUUCAUGGGUUCCAGAGUUAUGGCCCCUGAAAGGGCCAGAAUUAGCUAUUUUGACCUUGUCUGCACAAUAGCAGCUUUAUUUAUGAAUUGAAUUUAAUCAAACUUGCACAAAACUUGUGUCACUAUAAGAUCUUGGUUCCUUUCUUAAACCCGCCAGAUCCCAUAAUGGGUUCCAGAGUUAUGGCCCCUGAAAGGGCCAAAAUUAGCUAUUUUGACCUUGUCUGCACAAUAGCAGCUUCAUUUAUGAUUUGAUUUUAACCAAACUUGCACACAACUUGUAUCACCAUAAGAUCUUGAUUCCUUUUUAUACGCCCGAAGGGGCAUAUGUUAUCGCCUCGGUGUCCAUCUGUCUGUCUGUUGGUUAGCAAUUUCCGUUCCGCUCUGUAACUCUUGAACCCCUUGAAGGAUUUCAAAGAAACCUGACACAAAUGUUCACCUCACCGAAAUGACUUGCAGAGCGCAUGUUUCGGAUGGCUCACUUCAAAGUCAAGGUCACACUUAGGAGUCAAAGGUCAUAUGACUUUGUUUUGUGUGUAUAUUGCUCUGCAUUUGUAUUGCAUUGCAGUGCUCUUGUUUUUAUUUGGCAGAUCCUUCUUUUGUUCACUAACAAUUAUUGUUUUUUAAUUACUUCCCUUUUAUGUAACUAUAAAUAGAUUAUUUAGUAACUUUUUUAUUAUUUACUGUAGGGAAAAACCGAGACCACUUUUCUGUGGUACAACAUGGAUGAUACCUCCAAUUUUUAGGUGUAUUUUGACAUAUCUGUACCGUGUAAGAAUGCUUGUUAUCUUUUUGGUUAAAUUUCUUUCCUUUGUUGUUCCUGUCCUUUGGACUUAUGGCUAUAAAGAAACUGAUUUCAAAACAAUUUUACACAAGACUAGUGUUCCUUGGGUGUUCCUCUACUAUAUUCCUUCAAAUAAUUUUGAUUCAGCGAAAAACAUGGCCCCCAAGUGGUUUUGUUUAUUUUCCCUAUAUGCCUAUAUGGAACUUUGAAAAUCUUUUUGUCAGAAACUGCUGGUCCGUUUUCAAAAUAAUUUUACACAAAUGUUUCUUGGGUGACCCUCUACCAAGUCCCUUCAGAUAAUUUUGAUUCAUUGGAAAAGUGGCCGCCUGGGGGAGGGGCUCAUUUUCCCAUAUGGCUGUACAGAAAACCUUGUAUGAAACUACUGGCCUGAUUUGAAAAUAAUUUUAUUUGAAGUAACUUUAAAAAAAUUUCAACUAUAUUUUCUCAUAAUUCUUUUGAUUGAUCUUGAUUAUGAUUUUUUGACCUUCUUGUGUUUAAGUGCAAUGAUAACAGGUGAGCGAUAUAGGGACGUUAUGGCCCUCUUGUUGUAAGUGAGCUUAAAAGUUAAAUUAAAUUAGUAUACAUUUCAGUUUUUAUCAGGAUAAACUGCUAGGUUAUAGGAACAUCAAAGAGAUCAAUUUCAAGGCCUGAAACAAAAUGCUGUUAGUUUGGAAAAAUAGGUUUUUGCUGUUGAAAGAUUGCUAACACACUUUUAAUAGGUGUUGAUAGUAAAGCUGAAAAUCCAUUAUCAUAGAUUGAAACUGGCUGAAAACUGGCUCUGGUUCUCACAGUUGUAAGAAUAUGAUCAUUUUGUUUAAAUGAUCUGUUAGGGUUGACACCAGUAAGCACACUUUCUUCACAUAUGUAUGAAACAGUUUAUUUCUAAGUUUUAUAAUGUUUAAAAUAAAUUCGGUUCUGAGCUGGUAAACUUAUGUAUUAAGAAGCUCUUUUUAACUUCUGUAUCUUAGUAAAAUCCAGUUUUUGCAAUUAAAGAAUUUGGGGGAAAUGAUAAAUCCAAAACAUUAUCUUCUUGACAGAACCAGAUUGUAUUUUUUAGCAUCAUGCCAAAAAAAAUAAUAAUAGAACGCCAAAAUAAUUACUGUUAGGAAAAACCUUAUGCACAACUAAACAUUUCUUUUUUAAUUUGAAAAAUAGCCACAAAAGUGUUUAAACAUUACAUAGUCCACACACUUUAAAAGCUUUAAAUUAAUUCAUUUUGACUUGGCACAGCUUUGUUCACAUAUUUCAUACUAUUUCCAAAGAUAUGAGUAUGUUGAUUUUUAGUAUUGAGAUCACAUAUAAAGAAAUUUUGCUUAUCUUUGGUGUUAAAACCCUGCUGUUUAAAAAUUAAAAGGAAUUCUCAACCUUGUUGGUUGUUACUGAAAGGUUAUGAAAUAUGCUGGUGCAUGUAUAUAUGUAUAUAAUCAAAGGGGCAUGCCUACAGAUUUAUAUCACAAUAUCAAAUUUUUAAAUGGAUAGCAAAGUACAGUAUAUGAAAUGUCUAAUUUCACAAAUAAAUGCAAUGUAUAUGUUGCUAUUUGAAAUCAAAUGUUUACUCAGAAUCUAACAUAGCACAUAGCUUUUCCCUGUAUUUUACAGAUAUAAUGAGGCAUUUUAUAAAUAAAUACACCAUAUAACUCACAGAAUCUUUUUAUUUGUUUAGCAGUUUAUUUGUAAGAUUCCUAACAACUGAAAUUAUAUCUUUUAAAACGUUUGUUAAAAAAACUACAUAAAUCUGCAGACAUGUCCCUAUUGUCUGUAAUGUAGAUCUGUUGUUAAUUAUUAGUGCUGUUUGUUGUUUUUUUACAGAAACAAAUUUUUAUAUUGUUUUCAUAUGAACUUUAUAGGUUAUAAUUGUUUCUUAGUCAGUUUACAUGUAUGUAGUUUGCAAUUGUUUCGUAGUCUGUAAACAUGUAUUAAUACUAUAUAGUGUUUGAUUAUUUAUUGGUAUAUCCUCAGUAAAUUAUUUUUGGAGUAAAUUCCUGGAUUUAUACUUCUUGUAAAUAGGAUCUUGAAAUUUUGAUAUUGGUUGAUAUUGAAUGAAAAAUUUAGAUGCAUAGAAAUAGAAAAAUAGUGAUACUUAAUUUGAUUUGAGGACACCUGCGACGUAAUUGUUACCAGUAUAUAUUUUUGUGUAACAAAUUUAUCAAGACUAGAGGAAUAAUACAAAUUCUUCUGUGCAGAUUUGAUCAAAUAAGUCAAAGGUAACAAAAGUAGAGGAAAGAAGAGAUAGAACAAUUCCAGAUACAGUGAACAAAAAUUGUUUUGAAGCAGUAUUCCAAUUAAAUGAAGUAUUUUCAUUAUUAUCAUGCAUUCUAGCAUAAAACUGCUAUUCUUGUCACUUUUUGGGGGUGUUUUAACAGGAGAGAAAACGUGUGUUAACAGAGAGAUUCUCGUGCUCACAUGCUGUUAUAACACCUUUUUAUAUAUGCGCGUUCCGUGGAAGAGUGUAAACGUAUUACGGCCCCAAAACGGAUAAUUCAAAUGGAAAUGACGUCAACGUGAAAAAACAAAACGGAUAUUCCCGCACAUUUCAUGGAAAUUUAAUGACGUUGAGGGAUAAUGUAUUCAGGCAUUCGUUUUUCCGCGUUUUAUGCUAGAAAAGCAUUAGCGCAUGUUAUUUUCAUGUUAUAACAUCUUCAGAAUCGCUCGGGAUACGUUGGUACCCUACGGGCUCGGGCACCAACCAAUCCCUCGAGAUUCUGCAGAUGUUAUAACACAAAAAAACAUGCGUUAUCCCUACAUUGACAGUUGAGAUUGCAAAGAUGCUUUUCUAUGAGGUGAAGGCUCUAGGUUCAAAUCUUUACUUUUCACCUUGGGCAAGACACUUUCACAGUUGCUGUUAAUGGGAACAGCAAAUUGCUGAGGAUUAGGUAUAAUUGAUUUAAUUAUUCUGCGAAAUAUUUGUGACAAUUAAUAAGAUUUGCCUUUACUUCGCCAUUGUAAUAAUAACGUUGACAUUUCUUGAAUCUCAUAAUGAUGUAGAUACUAUUGAAAUAUAGUAAGAACAUGUUUUUGUCCAUAGUAGUCAUACUGUUGUAAAUGCAAGAUAAUGGAUAUUGUUCUGGUAUAUUCAUGUAUUUUCUUUUAUUUCUUGUUAGCUCACCUGAGCCAAAGGCUCGUGGUGAGCUUUUGUGACCGCUCAAUGUCCGUCGUCCGUCUGUCAACAUUUCCUAAAAAAAUCUUCUUCUUGAAAACCACUAGGCAGAAUUACACCAAACUUCACAGGAAUGAUCCUUGGGUGGCCCCCUUUCAAAAUUAUUCAAAGAAUUGAAUUCCAUGCAGAACUCUGGUUGCCAUGGCAACCGAAAGGAAUAACUUUAAAAAUCUUCUUGUCCAACACCACAGGACCUAGGACUUUGAUACCUGGUGUGUAGUAUCAUCUAGUGGUCCUCUACCAAAAUGGUUCAAAUUAUCCCCCUAGGGUCAAAUAUGGCCCCGCCCUGGGGGUCACAUGGUUUAUAUAGACUUAUAUAGGGAAAACUUUGAAAAUCUUCUUGUACAAAACCGCAUGGCAUAGGGCUUUGAUAUUUGGUAUGUAGCAUCAUCUAGUAGUCUUCUACCAAGAUUGUUCAAAUUAUCCCCCUAGGGUUAAAUAUGGCCCCGCCCCGGGGGUCACAUGGUUUAUAUAGACUUAUACAGGGAAAACUUUGAAAAUUUUCUUGUACAAAACCACAUGGCCUAAGGCUUUGAUAUUUGGUAUGUAGCAUCAUCUAGUGGUCCUCUAUCAAGAUUGUUCAAAUUAUCCCCCUAGGUCAAAUAUGGCCCCACCCCGGGGGUCCCAAGUUUUACAUAGACUUAUAUAGGAAAAAAGUUUAAAAAUCUUCUUGUCUGAAACCACAACACUUAGACCUUUGAUAUUUGGUUUCUAGCAUUGUCUUAUGGUCCUCAACCAAAAUUGUUCAAAUUUUACCCCUUGGGUGAAAAGAGGCCCUGGGGUCCCAAGUUUUAUAUAGACUUAUAUAGGAAAAAGCUUUAAAAAUCUUCUUGUCAGAAACCAUAUGACCUAGGCUUUUGAUAUUUGGUAUGAUGCAUUGUCUAGUAGUCCUUUACCAAAAUUGUUCAAAUUAUGCCCCGGGGUUAAAAGAGGCCCCGCCCUGGGGUCACUUAGUUAUUAUGUGUGCUAUAUAGGAAAAAUACUUAACCUAUUUCCAAGACUAUUUAAUUAUAAUUACCUGAUGACCCCAAGUAAUAUGAUGUCACUUGACUGUGACCUUAACCUGCUGACCUACUUUCUUGUUUUUUAAGAUACCGCCUGGAAAUUUUGAUGACAUACACAGUUUUGCACACAAAUCGUAAAACUGAAUUUCAUUGACCAUGAAUGUGACCUACUGACUUUCUAAUAUUUUAUCAUCAGUUUGACAUUUGAAACAUGUAGCUCAUAUUACUCAGGUGAGUGAUCCAGGGUCAUCAUGACCCUCUUGUUUUGAAUAAUUUAUUGAAAUAUGCAGUCUGGUUGGUCCCAUAUUUUAUUUCUUUUUUACCCCAAAACUGAGCCAUUUUCUUGGCCAAAUAAUGGGCUCAGGUCACUUCCCUUUUUAGUUUAAAAAAAAAAAGAAACUCUGGGUCAUCAGAAAAAAUGGAAUAUGAUUAUUUCUGGCUGUUAUCAGAGCAAACUGUUUAACCUAUCAGCUGUCCAAGUGCUUUUUGUGCAUUUACAAAUAUAUUGUAAGAACGUCAUCAGCAUCCCUAUUGACUAUUUUCCAGCAUAAUGGUCAUAUUGCAAAUACAUGUACACAUUUGAUACAGUUAAAUGAGUGAAGGAAGAAAAAAAAUGCCUGGCUUAGAUUUCCAUUUAAAGGAUCACACAAAAUGUAUGCUUGAAUGAUUUUAGAGCGGACAUCAUUUGGUGCUUUGGAAUGAUGUAAAACAUAUCAAAACCAUUCUGUAUAUGCACUCUUUAUGUUAUAAUAUUUACAAAUUACAGAAGCAAUGACAUAAUAUACACAUUGGUGCAAAUAAUAAGAAGAUCUCGAGCAUAUCCGAAAUAGUCACAGUAUGAAUGUAAAAUUUAAUGAUGUGAUAUUUGGGAAUAUGUAGUGUUAAAAAAUGUAGAUAUAUUUUACCAGGCAUGCAACACUAUUGGAGAGUUUGAGAGUCCAAAAUGCAUAUGUAAGUGUGUGUAUGCAUAUGUGGAGAAAACCAUUAUACACAGUAGUAGACAUCUGCUGAAAAAUUGUCUGAACAUUCCUUAAGUUUUAAUUCUCGAGGAUGGGGGAGCAUGGAAAUGGAAAAUAACUUUUUUUGAGCCACACAUUUACCCUACCUAGAGACUGUUGGGUGAAUAUGAGGAAAUUUAUGAAAACAGGGUGUCACAAGGUUAACAGAUUUAACAGUAAUAAACUUCUGUAGGCAUUAUUGAUUCUUUUUUAUGAUGACAUAUCCUGAAAUUAACUUCAAUGUGUGUAGCUUCAAGGUUGUUUGUGGUUUACAUACCUUAUACAAAAGUCAUGCUUUGUGAAACUGAGAUGAUGGUUUUUGAAUACUGUGUGUAGAUAAAGUUGUAGAAUGUAGUCUAUUGUUUAAUUAAUUCAUUACAUUUGAUUAAGAGAAUAAAAUGUAUGUAUUAAAAAGUAUAUUUUUACUGUAAAUAAUAUGUAUGUACAGAUCUUGUUACAAAUGUUAUUUUGAAGUGAAUUUUAUAUAUGAAUAUUUUGUUAAUUUAUGUAUAUUUUAUGCUACAUUGUUGUUUUUACCGUUGGAUCAUGUACACAGAAUAUUCAUGACAAAACUCAUUACCAGAAAAUCAUUGUUAAAAUUACUGAUUGUCAGCAUAUUUCACAAUGAAUAUAUGGCUGUCCUUUUAUAUUUUUAUUUGAUUAUUGAAAUGCACUAUUUUCUUUCCAUAUUUUUAAAGGCGGUCAGUCACAUAUAAGCAACAUUUUUGAGUGUUCGUAUAUGCUACUAGAGAUUUAUUUUAGGAUCAAAAAGACUUUUUUCAAGAUAUUAUAUCCCUAUUACAAAUGUAUAUUUUAUUGACUUUUAUAAAAUUGUGUAAUUAUCCCCCUUUAAUAUGAAAAUUGUUUAAAACACUGAGUAUUUUCUUUUAUUUCAGCAAAAUUUCUGGUUUUAAAUAUGUCUCUGGCUUUUGAAUUCAUUCAUUUCCAAUAUAUCUUGGUUGCCCAACCAAGAUAGGAAAAGGGAGGUAACUUUGAUUUUUUAAAACUUGCAUUUCUAAUGAAUUUCAUAUAUUCUUAUAUUUAUCUCGUUCCCUAGGCUAAGUACGUUUAUCAAAUUUAUAUUUAUGCUAAAAUACUGCUAUCUUGGUUAGGCAGCCAGGAUAGGAAAAUCAGUUGUAAAAAUGCCACCAGUGAAAAUCUGUCAUACACUAAGUGCACAGUGAGUAUCAAAAAGAUUAAAUAAUCAGACCAUAAUGGUUGGAAUACAUCCAUUACAUGAACACAAUCUGAUUGGCCACCUUUCAAAUGAAUGAACAGUGGGACAACACCAUUUUGAAUUGCACAAUUAUUAUGCCCCCCUUUGAAGAAGGAGGGGUAUAUUGUUUUGCAGAUGUCGGUCGGUCUGUCGGUCGGUCGGAAUGUAGACCAGUCCGUUUCCGGAUGAUAACUCAAGAACGCUUGGGCUUAGGAUCAUGAAAGUUGAUAGGGAGGUUGGUCAUCACCAGCAGAUGACCCCUAUUGAUUUUGAGGUCUGUAUAUCAAAGGUCAAGGUCACAGUGACCCUGAAUAGUAAAACGGUUUCCGGAUGAUAACUCAAGAACACUUGGGCCUAGGAUCAUGAAAGUUGAUACGGAGGUUGAUAAUGACCAGCAGAUGAUCCCUGUUGAUUUUGAGGUCAGUAUGUUACAGGUCAAGGUCACAGUGACCCUGAACAGUAAAACGGUUUCCGGAUGAUAACUCAAGAAUGUUUAUGCCUAGGGUCACGAAAGUUGAUAGGGAGGUUGAUCAUGACUACCAGAUGACCCCUAUUGAUUUUGAGGUCAGUAUGUCAAAGGUCAAGGUCACAGUGACCAGGAACAGUAAAAUGGUUUCCAGGCAAUAACUCAAGAACGCUUGGGCCUAGUAUCAGGAAAAUUGAUAAGUUAGGUUGGCCAUGACCAGCAGAUGAUUCCUAUUGAUUUUGAGGUCAUUAGGUCAAAGGUCAAGGUCACAUUGGCCAGGAACAGUUAAACUGUUUCUGAUCUUCUUGUUUCCAAAACCAUAGGGCCUAGGGCUUUGAUAUUUGGUAUGUAGCAAAAUCUAGUGGUCCUCUACCAAGAUUGUUCAGAUUAUUUCCCUGGGGUCAAAUAUGGCCCCACCCCGGGGGUCACAUGGUUUAUAUAGACUUAUAUAGGAAAAAACUUUUAAAAACAUCUUGUCCAAAACCACAGGGCCUAGGGCUUUGAUAUUUUGUAUAAGACAUCAUCUAGUGGUCCUCUACUAAGAUUGUUCAAAUUAUUCCCCUAGGGUCAAAUAUGGCUCCGCUCUGGGGGUCACAUGGUUUACAUAGACUUUUAUAGGGUAAAAACUUUGAAAAUCUUGUCCAAACCACAAAGACUGUGGCUUUGAUAUUUUGUAAUGUAGCAUCAUUUUGUGGUUCUCUACCAAGUUUGUUCAAAUUAUCCCUCUAGGGUCAAAUAUAGCCCCGCCACAGGGGACAUAUGGUUCAUAUAGACUUAUAUAGGGAAAAACUUAGAAUCUUCAUGUCCAUAACUUACAUCAUUCAAAUUUGGACCACAUGUAUAGUUUUGAGUGGCAAGAUGAACCUUGACAUGAGUUGACCUUGAUCUUGACCUAGUGACCUACUUUCACAUUUCUGUAGCUACUGCCUUCAAAUUUGGACCACAUGCAUAGGUUUGUGUACCAAAAAAACUUUGACCUUGUUAUUGACCUAGUGACCUACUUUCACAUUUUUGAAGGUACAGGCUUCAAAUUUGGACCACUCUCAUAGUUUUGUGUUCCGAAAUAAAAGUUGACCUUGAUUUUGACCUAGUGGCCUACUUUCACAUUUCUCAAGCUACAGCCUUCAAAUUUGAACCACAUGCAUAGUUUUGUAUACCGAAAUGAACUUUGAUCUUGAGAUUGACCUAGUGACCUACUUUCACAUUUCUGAAGCUACAGGCUUCAAAUUUGGACCUCAUGCAUAUUUUUGUGUUCUGAAUUGAAAUUUGACAUUGAUUUUUAUCUAUUACCUACUUUCACAUUUCUCAAGCUACAGCCUCCAAAUUUGAAGCACAUGCAUAGUUCUGUCUACCGAAAUGAACUUUGACCUUGAAAUUGAUCUAGUGACCUGCUUUCACAUUUCUCAGGCCACAGCUUUCAAAUUUGGACCACAUACACAUUGUUUUGUACUGAAAUGAAAUUUGACCUUGAUUUUGAUCUUGAGCUAGUCUUGAAAUUUGCAACAUUCAAAAAUGGCUCAGUGGAUGGCGCCAAGAUCACUCUGUAAUCUCUUGUUAGGCUAAUAGGUUAAAGGUCAAGGUCAGAUUAAACCAGAAUGGUAGAACUUUUGUUUACAGUGAGCAUAUAAUUUCUGUUCCUUGUGCAAUUACUGAAUGCAUCAAGGGGGGCAUUUCGUGUUCGAUGAGCUCUUGUUAGCAGUGAAAGUUGUGCAUGUAAAUGAAUAUUUAGAAACUGUUUAGUAGGAAGCCAAAAAUAGGUAUAUAAAUGAAUGGGAUGUAGCAUUUACUUUACAAAUGAUACUUCUGUGUUUGAAAUGAGCUUCUAUUGUAAAGAAUUAUCAGAAGAGCAAAGAUAUAAUAAUAAUGGAAUGUUCAGUUUUUAUGUUGUAAUUAAUUUUUAUGUUCUGUGAAAAACAGAAAAUGAACUGAAUGUUACAAUUGUUCAUCCUUUUUUGAACACAUAUACAUGUAUUAUUGUAACAUAAAGUAUAUUAUGCUAUUUAUUUUUUGUUGCAAAUCCAUUUGAGAUGAAAACCAGUUGUAACCAGCUUCAUAUAUAUUACAGGGGUUAGCAUUUGUUUGUCUUAAAGCAUCCCACAUCUGUAAGUAUUUUCCAGUUUUGGAACUUAAGUUAAUGUUUAAAAAUUGAUGUGAUGCAUUUAAAUUUUGAAAGUACUUACAGGUGUUGUCUGUGAAAUGAGUAAAUGAGAAAACAUUUUACUAUAUUAGUCACAGAGUAUAACUGUAAUGUAAAAUGAUAGAAUAUUUCCUUUAUUUCACAAACUAUGGUAUCAUUAUACCAAAAAUGUUUACAGGUUCUCUGUAAUUUUAGAGGUGAUUGUAUGUUUUAAGACCUGAAAUUUUGAUGUAAAUCUAGAAGCAUGCAUUGUAUGUGUGUUAAACUGUAUUUAGUUUAUUUCUCACCAUAGGCAGAUCACACUGUGAUGUUGAUAUUUUUAACCAAAUAUUAACCUAUACAUGUAGUUAUACAACUUGUUGAUAUUAUCAAGUAUUUGGUAUGUGCUUUCUCUUUGGUCGAUAUUAACAACUUGUUAUGCCUGUAUCAUGUUGCUGAUUUGUUGUGUUAAGUAAAUGAAUGUAAAGGAGCCUCAAUUUACUGUUGUAUUGUUAUGUAUACAUUGAUGGUUACAGCUAGUUCUUUGUCUGUUUCUUGGUAAAACAUUUUAAGUGUGAUUUGCCAAAAUUUUGUUUUAGACAGGUGAUAAGCAUACUAUUAGCUGUUAGUUUCAUAUGUGUUUGAUGUUUCAUUAAGAUUAUUUUUAUUCAUUACAUAAAUUAUUUUAGUGAUAUAACCUUUGGAUCUGUCUUCUGCAGUGCUGAAAACUCUUUCAAAGGUAAUUGGUCAGUAAAUACACAAUCUGUUGUGGGGUUUUUUUUGUGUGUUUUCUUUUUGUGAAAUAAAUACCUACUAAGGAUGACACUGAUAACAUUUUGAUAAAUCAGCAAGAUGUUAAGGAACUAGUACAUGUAAGUUAAGUACUGCAAGGAACCAUAUACUAUUUUCCAUCAACACAUACUUUUACCAGGACUUGUUCUACUCUAUACUAUUUUUUAGAACCAAAUGGACAUUUGUAAUAGCUUGAGAAGUUACUGCAUAAUUAUGAUAAAAACAGAAUAUGGUCUGAAUACAGACUACCUAGAACUGUGUGUUUGCUUUUCAUGGUGUUUGUUUUUCUACUAGCAAAACAUUGAUGUUAUCGUAGGUGAUUACUAAAUUGUUUGAAAGAUCCCGUAGAAUAUGUGCAGUCCCAUGUGGUUCUGGGACGAUCUGUGUAAAGAAUUGGAACCACUGCCAUACCCUUGCAUGAUCGUAAGAGGUGACUAAUAGGGUCUUAACACUUGGUUCUGCAGUAACUCUGAUUCCAGCAGGUAUGCAAAUUUUGAUUCCAUACCUCAUGUUUUUAGCUCACCUGUCACAAAGUGACAAGGUGAGCUUUUGUGAUCGCGCGGCGUCCGUCGUCCGUCCGUGCAUCCGUCUGUGCGUCCGUAAACUUUUGCUUGUGACCACUCUAGAGGUCACAUUUUUUGUGGGAUCUUUAUGAAAGUUGGUCAGAAUGUUCACCUUGAUGAUAUCUAGGUCAAGUUCGAAACUGGGUCACGUGCUGUCAAAAACUAGGUCAGUAGGUCUAAAAAUAGAAAAACCUUGUGAGCUCUCUAGAGGCCAUAUUUUUCAUGGGAUCUGUAUGAAAGUUGGUCUGAAUGUUCACCUUGAUGAUAUCUAGGUGAAGUUCGAAAGUGGGUCACGUGCCUUCAAAUUCUAGGUCAGUAGGUCAAAUAAUAGAAAAACUUUGUGACCUCUCUAGAGGCCAUAUUUUUAACGGGAUCUGUAUGAAAGUUGGUCUGAAUGUUCAUGUUGAUGAUAUCUAGGUCAAAUUUGAAAGUGGGUCACGUGCCAUAAAAAACUAGGUCAGUUGGUCAAAUAAUAAAAAAACCUUGUGACCUCUCUAGAGGCCAUACUUUUCAUGGGAUCUGUAUGAAAGUUGGUCUGAAUGUUCAUCUUGAUGAUAUCUAGGCCAAGUUUGAAACUGGGUCAACUGCGGUCAAAAACUAGGUCAGUAGGUCUAAAAUUAGAAAAAUCUUUUGACCUCUCUAGAGGCCAUAAUAAUAUAUUAUUUUUCAAUGGAUCUUCAUGAAAAUUGAUCUGAAUGUUCACCUUGAUGAUAUCUAGGUCAGUUUCGAAACUGGGUCACGUGCGGUCAAAAACUAGGCCAGUAGGUAUAAAAAUAGAAAAACCUUGUGACCUCUCUAGAGGCCAUAUUUUUCAUGAGAUCUUCAUGAAAAUUAGUGAGAAUGUUCACCUUAUAAAGUUCAAAACAGGGUCACGUACCUUCGAAAACUAGGUCAGUAGGUCAAAUAAUAGAAAAACCUUGUGACCUCUCCAGAGGCCAUAUUUUUCAAUGGAUCUUCAUGAAAAUUGGUCAGAAUUUUUAUCUUGAUAAUAUCUAAGUCAAGUUCAAAACUGGGUCACAUGAGCUCAAAAACUAGGUCACUAUGUCAAAUAAUAGAAAAAACGACGUCAUACUCAAAACUGGGUCAUGUGGGAAAAGGUGAGCGAUUCAGGACCAUCAUGGUCCUCUUGUUAUUUGAUGUAAAUGAGAUGUGGAACCAAAAUUUGUAGUCCUGUUUGGCGCCAUAUAACCUAUACUGUGUUGGUGCUCCGUAAAACCCAAAUAAAUAAAUAAAUAAAUAGAACAUGUGCAUUUGCAUCAUGUUGCUUUGUUAAUCAUCUGCUACAUAUGUGAAGCAAUACAUGUCAUGUAUGCUAGCGUUAUUUAUAAAAGGGUCCUGGUGCAAUUGGGGCAGUGCUGGAAUCAUUUUAUGAUAAUAUGGAUAUUUGUUAGUACAUAUGCGUUCUGUGUGUGACCAUGAUUUAUCAUGAAACUAGUCACAUAAUGUCUAUAGGUUAUUCAAAUUCAUUUACUGCUUGUUUUUUAUUUUGUUGCAUAAAAAGAAUAAAUUAAACUUGUCUACAAA